GGAGGCUGGCUGACAACUUUUGCUGGCUGAAAGCUGUGUUGACUUCCAAUCGUGCUUUCAAAUGAUCCUGAACACUUGUCCUGAAUGAGCAGUGAGAGGGGUCGCUCAGCAGAGAAUCGUUACUCGUCUGACAAUUCCCAUAGCAAAGCUUCGAAUAAAUAACGGAGCGCCCCUUCGUCCCAUGGUCUCAUCAGAAGCUCUAAGCCAUACUUUCUCAUUCGAUUUCCCUCAAGAGUACCCACACAAUCUCAUACAUAAUCUCCAAUCCAUAUCCAUCUCAUCAUGGGCUCUAUCGACACUACGAAUGCCCAGGAGCUCCACGAGCAGUAUCAGCCAAUCGGCGAGCUCCUGACAGUUGCCUCAGACAUUACCCAGAAAAACAGUGCUCUCGAGCAGCUGAUUGGGAACGGCCCAGUCACAGCUGCUGCCGAUCCUACAAUAGCAGACGUUGUCGCUGCGCUCACUGAUGCUGCCAAUGGUCCGUCGACCGAAGUCGCCAAUGGCAAAGUACCGAUGCCUCAAAAUGUCGGCGUCAUGCCGCCUUACGAUGAGCCCAGUGCUGGCCAGAACUACAACCACCUUGUCGAGAUGUCUUCAAUUGUGUCGCUCUACACGGCAAUCUGGAAUGCCAACGCCCGGACUAAGCGUGGCCACCCCGAACCUUACAACAUCACAGUGGCAGACGAGGCGGCGCAAGCCUUUGCUGACAUGGCCAACUCGGCGUACAAUGUCAUGGUCGGCCCACUUGCGGGGUUCUUCAACUUCUCCUCCGGCACGCAGACGACCUUCUCCAAGAAGAUGACCAAGACGGACGUCCAUCUAGAGUUCUUGGGUGAGCUCUUUAAGGGCUUCAGCCUAACCAAGCCGGCCCUUCUCCAGCUCGACGGUAUGCUGACAAACUUUGUUAAGUCGCUUGGCACAGUCAGCGUUGAGACGGGUCGCACCAGCAACACCGUUGAUCAGACCAUCCGCAUCAGCCAAGUCGUGCGUCUUAACAUUUCCGGUGACGAGAGCAACCCAAUCUGGGUGUUUCAGCCACGCUCACGAAUCGUAUACAUGCACAUCGACGCCAGUACCUGGCGAUGGGCUACCAAAAAGACCGAUCACUCGGAGAACACGUUCAACAUGCGAUACGUCGUUGUGGACUGCGACCUCAACGUCAACAAGUACCUAGCCAGCAAGCCUAAGCUCGAAAAAGUUUUCCAAACGAUUAUGAACAAGUCCCUGCAGGAGUAUGGCAAGAUGAUCAACCCCAGCCCGAUUGACCCUAAUGCCCAGUAGAAUGUCAGUUCACGUCCAGCAAUAAUUGCGGCACUUCUUUAUGGUUACGACUCAUUUUGUAUGUUAUGUACAUCGCAAGGAUGUAGCCUAGCGUCAAUCAGUAUAAAGAACCUUGAUCUACUGCUACAACUUCAAUAUUCCGUGGCUAUCACUCACGUGUGUAGACGCAACCCAAG